UCCUUUCAACACACCCACUCGCCCAUAUUCCGGUUUCCAUAUUGAGCUGUAGCUACCUCCUUCUCAAACGAUUUGGUUGAAAAAUCUUACUAACUCUACCCACUAGAGAGCAGAAUACUGUGUUCAUAGCUGGAAUGCUGUUCGAUCUAAGUGCCAGUGCGACGUUCUACGUCACGUCAUCGUACCGGAUGUUGAUACAGAAUCCGCAGGAACAGCUGGGAGAGAACAACAAAGCGACAACGAACCCAACAGACUUUGGGGAAUAAAAUUAUUCACGUGGAAAAGGACGGCUUAGCUACAAAUAGCUAAAACCCAACUAGUCGAAAAGUCUUUAAACGAGAGCAGCGUUUAACCUUCCGUUUGGUCCUGCAGGUGAGUGUGUACUGAACCAUGGGGCGGAUCUUCCUGGACCACAUUGGGGGCACACGCCUCUUCUCCUGCGCCAACUGUGACACUAUCUUGACCAACCGCUCAGAACUCAUCUCCACCCGCUUCACCGGAGCCACCGGCAGAGCCUUCCUCUUCAACAAGGUGGUGAACCUGCAGUACAGCGAGGUGCAGGACCGCGUGAUGCUGACGGGCAGACACAUGGUGCGAGAUGUCAGCUGUAAGAACUGUAACAGCAAGCUGGGCUGGAUCUAUGAGUUUGCCACCGAGGACAGCCAGCGCUACAAGGAGGGCCGCGUCAUCCUGGAGAGAGCACUCGUCAGGGAGAGCGAGGGCUUCGAAGAACAUGUCCCCUCUGACAAUUCCUGAGCUGAUGCUCAAAGUACUCGCUCAUCCCUACGCCCCUGCCCUAACCCUCCAUAGCCCCAAGCUCAUUAUUCCAGACACUGGUCAAUAGUCUAGGCUCCACCCACAGCUUUGACCUAGCUAGGACUUUUUGACCUCUCCUGAUUGGCUGGAUCUCUUGAUGCGUUGUUGGCCUCUCCUAAACCCCUCUCUCUUUCAAAGACCACCUUCUGUCAACAGGAGACAUCGACGGGCCCGCUUUCACAUAGCUAUGGACUCCAUGCACACGUGCAAACACAGGAUUUUGAAGGCAACUACACACACUGCAAGGCACACAGACUCAUAUUUACAUACUUGACAUGCUCACAUGCAUGAUUAGUAGAUGUAUUCACUGACUGGAUAUUUUGUCAACGUUACAGCUGCAGUCACUAUAACUCCCUCCCAGUGUUGUGUGUACUGUGUAUCCUUAUCCUCUAUCUGGCUGCUGUGCCUGUGCAUGCAUUGUGAGGACCUGCUUGUUGUCAUGCACAUCCCCACAAGUCCCUCCUUCUGUGUGUGAGGAGUGCGAGCAGCCUAUUGCCUCUUAGUAAGUGAGGAGCUGAGCAGGGUAGUAUCAUGCCCAAAGACUCGUGGCCUGCUGGGCUGGCCUUCAUAUGAACUGUUGCUGUUCCUCCCAAUUUCUGACAAUUCCCAGCCAGUUGGAAUGAAGGGAUCUGUGUUCUCUGUCAUGCUGUUCUUUGUUUCCAAUCCCUGCCCAGGUUAAUGUACAAUAGAUAGAAAUCUAGAAGAAAAAGAAACGCACACCUAUUAAGACGAGGUGCUGGCUAGCGGAGUAGAAACUUGAAAAUAAAAGAGAGCCGCACACUAGGAGCUCAGAUGCAAAAAUUUAAUACCAACGUUUCGACAGCCAUUUUCAAUAGAUAGAAAUAACACAUGAUCAUCAGAAAUUAUUAUAAUUGUAUUAAUGGUUAGUAUCAUUAUUGUAUUUUUAUUCUCAGAUGAGUCAUUAGAAUGUCACAGUAGAAUACAAUACAAAUAUUUUUUUUUUAAUUAACCAAGAAAUUACAGAAUGAGUACAAAAAUAUGUUGCUUUUAUUAUGAUUAUUGGUUUUCUUUAUGUAUUUUUUCUUGAUAUGAGGUAUAAAAAAAGAGUAAGAUUGUCUCUUUUUCCAGUUAUCCUGCUUGGGCAAUUUUUCCUCUGUAGUGAUGAUUUCUGAAUAAAAAGUAAUGUUUCCAAA